AUGGCAACAACGGCCCGCCCCUCGGCCGCCGAGGGCAUUAAUAGCACCCGCAUCUGGGCGCACGUCCACAGCCAGCUGAUGCAGCACGCUGUGCCCGACGCGCGCUUCCACUACGACUUUGCAUGCUUUGCGCCUGAUUUCCGGAAUUCUGCAGCCGCCAUGGAGCGGGUGGUGGCGCUGCCAUGCUACCAGGCGGCGCGCACCAUUCUUGCGACUCCGGAUAACAGCCUGGAGCCGUUGCGCGCGAGGGCGCUCCGCGACGGCAAGCAGCUGCUGGUCGCGACGUACAAGUUGCGCCGGGGAUUUGUGCUGCUGCACCCAGGCCGCAUCAGCGAAGCCAGAUACGACGUGGCUGCGUGUUUGGAUGGCAUGGAGAAAGCCGGCACAGGGCGCGCCGUGACGCUGGCGCAGAUGCGCGACCAAGGGCUGCAAAUCGACCUGUGUGUGACGGGAGGCCUGGUCUUCACCAGUGCAGGCGUCGUGGUGCGCGAGGCCCCCAGUCUCUUUGAAAUGCAGUGGGCGCUGCUGCACGACGUGGGUGCAUUGCGUGCAGAGACACGUGUGGUCGCCGUUGCACAUGGGUGCCAGGUAGUCGAUGAAGCGCAUCUUAGCAUAGAGCCCACGAUGCCACGCAGGCCGGCAGAGGUUCAGUGCGAUUAUCUCGUCACUCCAGAGGCGACGCUCCAAGUAACGGGCGCAACAAGGCCCACGGGCGGCAUUGACUUUGACACUGUAGAUCCUCAUGGCCUGCAGGACAUACCGACAUUGCAAGAACUCCGCGGUAUCCGCAUCAUGGAGAAGAUUAUGCAGAGAGAAGGUUUCUUAUCUGGACACGAGGCCAAAUCACCGCCGCCGCCGCCAUCACAAGACGAGCAGCGAGGCAUUGACAUUGUCAACAGGCUAAUGCAAAGUUUUAAAAGUUGAACCAACAAGUUGGUUGGGCCCGCUUUCCAAGCGAUCCACUACUUUUAUCUAUAUUCUAUCUAUCCUAUGUCUAUCUCAUAUCUAUUCAUGUCUUUUUUUUAUCUAUCCCGUAUAGAGCACCAAGUAAACGCCGUUUGUAAUACAGGAAAG